UUUAGGUCCGCUGCAUUUGCUGAGAAGAACCGUGGCAGAGUGGUGGGUGGUCUGCCUGAUGUUGUCACCAUUAUGGAAGAGAAGUCUCUGAGCCUGACCUGCACCGUGUGGGGCGAGCCGACCCCCGAGGUCUCCUGGUUCAAGAACGAGCAGGAAGUGGCCUCCAACGAGCACACCACGGUCACCUUCGAGGGCGGCAAGUUCGCCAGCAUGCUCAUCAACAAGGUGACGCCCGACGACUCCGGCAAGUACAGCAUCAACGUGAGGAACAAGUACGGCGGGGAGUUCGUGGAGAUCACCGUCAGCGUGUACCGGCAGGGAGAGAAGAUCCCCGAGCCAAAGCUGGGGCAACCCAAAACCACCGCUGCUACCCCCGUCCCGGCUAAAUCCCCCGCUCCUCCCGCCAAAACCCCAACU